UAAUACGACUCGGGAUAGAGUCGGAAUAUCAUCUGCUGGCUAGCAUGUGGUUCGCAUAUUCACCCCAGCGCGUCAGUGACAUCACCCGCUGCUCGGACACGCCAAAGUAUCUCAACGAUAUCCACUUGUACCCACAUAUCCCCAGCAACUAUUAGCAGGAGACUUUUUCGAACCUUCCUACCUUGGGUAUAUAUAGAGAGUUAAGGUGCUCUAGGAUGGACUAUGUAACUUCUAAUUGUCUUUAUGAUUUAGUGUCUUAUACCCCCUCUUCGUAUCCCAGCGUCUUUUCAAUUUCCAAUACUUGGUGAUACUCUAUCAGACAGUACCUACUCAAGAGACUAAGCCGAUCAAGCCACAAUCAUGCCUCAACAAAUACCAACACAAAGCAGGCUACUUGACCUCUUCAGCCUAAAAGGCAAGGUCGUCAUCGUCACCGGUGCCUCCGGUUCUCGAGGAAUGGGUCUCGAAGCUGCCCGGGGUUGCGCUGAGAUGGGCGCCGACAUAGCCAUCACAUACCUGACACGGAAGGAAGGGGCCGAGGAGAACGUCGCGGGAUUAAUUAAGGAUUACGGCGUAAAAGUCAAGGCCUACAGCUGCGACAUAAGAGAAUUCAGCGCGUGCGAGAAGCUCGUCAGCGACGUGUUGAAGGACUUCGGCCGCAUCGACGGGUUCAUCGCCAACGCCGGCGCGACGGCAGACGGCGGCGUCAUCGAAGCCACCAAGGACGAAUGGGACAGGGUUGUGGCAAUCGACCUGAACGGCACCGCCUACUGCGCCAAGGCCAUCGGUCCCCACUUCAAGAAGCAGGGCCACGGCACUUUCGUCAUCACCUCCUCGAUGUCCGGUCACGUGGCCAACUUCCCCCAGGAGCAGACCUCUUACAACGUCGCGAAGGCCGGCUGCAUCCACAUGGCCAAGUCCCUCGCUAACGAGUGGCGCGACUUCGCCCGCGUCAACUCCAUCUCCCCCGGGUACAUCGACACCGGUCUGUCUGAUUUCAUCGAGCCAAAGACUCAGGAGCUGUGGUAUUCUACCUUGGUCCCCAUGGGCCGACCGGGCGUGGCUAAGGAGUUGAAGGCUGCCUAUGUGUACCUCAUCAGCGAUGCUAGCUCGUAUACCACCGGUGCUGAUUUAGUGAUCGAUGGAGGAUAUACCUGCCGAUAGAUGUAAGGGGGGUGGGUGGCUUUUCGCAUAGACACCUAGAUCUGCGUCGCAUCUUUGGCAUCCUUGACAUAGAGUAGAGCAUACUAGAUCAUUGCUUUGGCGUCAGAUAGAAGAAUGCACUGGGUAUUUCUUACCUCAAUGAAUCACAUUUUGGCUUAAGUAUCCUCAGAUUCUGUUGGGUCAUUUCUGAUGUCUUCUCUUGAUU